AUGGAUGCAGUCUACCAUAUUUUGAGGUAUCUUAAGUCGUGCCCUGGCCUUGGUAUAUUCUAUGCCUCAAGAAAUCAGUCUGGACUCUCAUGUUUUACUGAUGCAGACUAUGCUGGAUGUAAGACAGAUAGACGUUCUACCUCUGGCUUCUGUACUUUCUAUGGUAAUCAUCUCAUAUCAUGGAAGAGUAAGAAGCAAGCUAUUAUCUCCAAAUCUUCUAUUGAAGCUGAAUACCGAGCUAUGGCUCAAGAACAAACUGCAAAUGUGUUCGCAAAGUCUAUUGGGCCUUCUCUUCUCCAGUCUUCCAUAGUCAAGCUGGGCUUAGUCAACAUAUUUGCUCUAGCUUAA